CAAGCGAUUAUAUGCAUCAUUAUCGUGGGGACUUAGUCGAUUUUUUUCCUCGUCUCUAGAAUCCAGAUCUUGGCAACCGCCGGAUCCGAUCCUUUUUAGGGCAAUCGGCAGUCAUUUCUCAGGCGGAGUGUUUUUGGUCGAUCGAGUUGGCGGAUUUGUAGUCUUCUAGGAUUUCGGUGAAGAUUUGUUCGAUCAGAAUCGGUGGGCGGACGGGAGCAUUCAUUGAUUCGGUUUUUCGUAGGGGCUGCCGCUUCGCUGAGGAUGCGUGUGGGAUCUGGGUGAAGGAGUAGGGCUCCAGUUCGCUGUGGUUUCAUUUUUAGGGCUUUCUAGAUCUGAGAUUGAAGGAGUGAACAGUUUUGUUGUGCUUCUCUUCUUGGAUAUCCUCAAAUUGGUUGCUUGGAUUGUUCUCGAUUUGUUUCCUAACCGGAAGCUGUUGUGCGGUGGCUAGCCGCUUGCCUUUGAUUUGUGGGUCGAUGAGCGUUGUUGGGCUGAAUGCCGGUGGUCUGCGUUAGGAAAAAGAGCAAUUUUUAUGAUUGAUGAUCUAGAGAUCUGUGGUUUUGUUCUCGUUUGAGUGUUGUGGGUGUAUUAGGGUCUCGAUCGUAAAUCAUGGAUCACGUGAUCGGUGGAAAAUUUAAACUUGGGAAAAAGAUCGGUAGCGGUUCUUUUGGCGAGCUCUACCAUGGUGCUAACAUUAAAAGUGGAGAAGAAGUGGCAGUUAAGCUGGAAUCUGUGAAGACCAAGCAUCCUCAACUUCAUUAUGAAUCAAAGGUGUAUACACUUCUCCAAGGAGGAACUGGAAUCCCCCAUCUGAAAUGGUUUGGUGUAGAAGGAGAAUAUAACAUUAUGGUCAUUGAUAUUCUUGGUCCUAGUCUUGAGGAUUUGUUCAACUACUGCAAUCGGAAGUUCUCAUUGAAAACAGUAUUAAUGCUUGCAGAUCAGAUAAUAAACCGGGUUGAAUAUAUGCACUCAAAGGCUUUUCUUCAUCGUGAUAUAAAGCCAGAUAACUUUCUUAUGGGCCUUGGUCGUAAAGCAAAUCAGGUUUAUAUUAUUGAUUAUGGUCUUGCAAAGAAAUACAGGGAUUUCCAAACCCAUAAGCACAUACCUUACCGAGAGAACAAGAACCUUACAGGAACUGCAAGAUAUGCAAGUGUUAAUACACAUUUAGGAAUUGAGCAAAGCCGAAGAGAUGAUUUAGAAUCUCUUGGUUAUAUGCUUAUGUAUUUUUUAAGAGGAAGCCUUCCUUGGCAAGGGCUAAAAGCUGGCAAUAAAAAGCAAAAGUAUGAUAAGAUUAGUGAAAAGAAAAUGCUUACUUCUGUGGAGGCACUUUGCAAGUCAUUUCCAUUAGAAUUUACGUCUUACUUCCACUACUGUCGAUCCUUGCGGUUUGAAGACAAGCCAGAUUAUUCUUACCUGAGGAGGAUAUUUCGUGACUUGUUUAUUCGAGAAGGAUAUCAGUUUGAUUAUGUUUACGAUUGGACUAUAUUGAAUUAUCCUCAGAUUGGUGCUAACCCUCGACUGCCUCAAGUGAGUGAUAGGAAUGGAGCUACGGUCCCAUUCUCUGAAAGGCCUGAAGGAACUUCAGGACCCAUGAUUCGUGAUAGAUUCUCAGCUGCAGUUGAAACACUCGCGUGGAUGAAUGCCUCCGGCUCCGGUCAUCACGGUGACAAUUCCAAGCGCAAAUCUCCCAAUCACGUACUGUUAUCGUCAAAGCAAGCUGUUGAUUCUGAGAAAAUCCACCCAUCAUCUCGCAACGGAAGUACUUCAAGGCGGGCUACUGCAUCUAGCGGCAGACCCAGUUCCGUUGAGCCUAGCAAUGCACGUAACGGCAGAACAAGUGGUAUAUUUUCAAGCGGCAGCCGACCAUCCAGCAGUAGUCAUCAAAGAGUUCAGCAGCCUGCAGGAGAAUCAUCCUUCUCCAGAACAGCAGCCGCUGUUCGAGGAACUCGUAACGAAUCUCUUCUCCGCAGCUUCGAUCUCCUCUCUCUCGGCAACGCCGACAAGGCAAGAGGCAGAAGCAAACAAAAAGCAAACCAAUCUCCUAUCCUUCCACCAUAAGAUAAAAUGGUGAUGCCCUUGAGCACAUUGUCUCUUGCUUGAUGCCAAUAAAUUGUAGUUACAAAACCCAAAACUUUCAGACUGAGAAUCGAAUUAAAGCACAAUUUAACAUCAAUUAAGAAUUUGGGGUCAAUAAACUGCAUAAGAGUCGGUGUGUUUCAAUCUCUUAUCCAUUUUCUCUCUCUUUAUUAUUAGUAAUAUUUGUUGUAAAAGUAAUUAAUCAGCGUUAACAAAGGUAUAAUUAUCGUGUGUGCUUCCA